UACCAUGACCUGAUGGCCAUUCAAUUUGGUGGAAAACAACACACGCAUGUCCAAAGCUAAACAUUAUCUAUCACCUACCAAAAUUCUUCACAUAACUAUGAGAGGUUAUAUCUAAGUGUCCCGACCACCAAUCUAAUCUCCAAAAAUACCCCCCAGAAAAACAAGAAAUUAAGAUUCUUUACAGAAAAAAAAAAUGAGAGCUAUUCAAACUCAUGUGAUAACCUUCUGCAUGUUGUUAGUCAUACUCGUAACAUCAUCAACAAGAGCCCAAAAGAGUCCUCAUGUGCGGGACAACCAUGAGCUUUCUAUCGCCAUCGAAGAAAUGGAGAAAGCAGACUACUUCUCUUUUGUCAUGCUCAUUAACAUGUUACAAUCCGUAAACCCUCGAUUAUUAGCCAAUGUCACAUUCUUGAUGCCAAAGGAUAAAACCCUUUCCAAGUCAAACAUUAUUCAACAAGAUUCGGUUUCCGAGUUCUUGCUUCGCCACUCGAUCCCUUCUCCUCUUCUUUUCGAGCACCUCAAUCUCAUCCCCAAUGGCUCCAUGGUUCCUUCCUCUUUACCACAUUACGCCCUCAAGAUCUCCAAUGGUGGACGAUCAAACUACUUCCUCAACAAUGUCAAGAUUAUAAGCCGCAACAUUUGUAGCUUAGGGUCUAUCAAAUGUCAUGGAAUCGACGGUAUACUACAAUCUUCAAGUACUAUCUACGAUGAUUCUCCACAAAAUAAUCAUACUUCACCCUUCAUUUCUUGUCCUAGCAGUCACAACAAUAGUGACCACAACAGUCACAACAAUAGUGACCACAAUAAUGAUCAAAAUAGUACUCCUCCAGCUUAUACCCUUACCGCUCCUCCUCCAGCCAGCAGCAGUACGACCCCCCUACCAAAAUCAGAUUCUCCUAGCACUCCUGAGGGGUCAAUGUUGACUUUACUCGUUAUUUUUAUUCCCGUGAUAUUAAUAGGUCUGAUCGGCAUGUGAACUUCAACAAUGCACAUUGCGCGGAUAACACCUCUGUAAUAAUAGUAUUCUCUUGUUAUAGUCUA